UAUUCCGUUUUAACCGAGUCCGUCACUGACUCAGUCUAUGGGGGACUAAAGGAGGAAAGCUGUCAAAAUGAGGGACUGAUUAGUAAUUUUGAUUUCGCCGUCGGUUCCUAUUCCAUUCCUUGGCAGGAGACUUCUUCUCUGUCAAAGCCAACUACUACUACGACCUUCUCCCGGCCUCUUCCACGACCGGAGAACACAAUGGCGGCGCCGGCGAUGAUAUCGGCAGAGGAGGCUCUCCAGAUUGUUCUGGGAGCAGCUCAGCGCCUUUCCCCCACGGUUGUGCCUAUUCACGAGGCACUAGGCAAAGUUCUAGCCGAGGAUAUUCGCGCGCGAGACCCUUUGCCUCCUUAUCCUGCUUCCAUAAAGGAUGGAUAUGCCGUGAUUGCUUCCGAUGGUCCGGGUGAAUAUCCGGUGAUUGCUGAGUCGAGAGCUGGAAAUGAUGCGGUCGGAGUGACGCUUACUCCUGGGACUGUUGCUUAUGUUACCACUGGAGGACCAAUCCCCGAUGGUGCUGAUGCAGUCGUUCAGGUUGAGGAUACUGAAAAAGUUGAGGGUGAUUUGGGCGGAUCAAAGCGUGUAAAAAUCUUGGUGCAGACUAAGAAGGGCGUUGACAUUCGUCCAGUGGGCUGUGAUAUAGAGAACGAUGCCCCGGUUUUAAAAUCUGGAGAAACACUCGGGGCUUCAGAAAUUGGCUUACUUGCUACUGUUGGUGUGACAACGGUCAAGAUAUUUCCUGCUCCUACAAUUGCUGUGGUUUCUACUGGAGAUGAACUUGUGGAGCCAACAACCGGGUGUUUGAGCAGAGGCCAGAUCAGGGACUCCAACCGUUCUACCCUGCUGGCAGCUGCAGUUCAGCAACAAUGCAAGGUUGUUGACCUUGGAAUUGCUGGGGAUGACAAAGAAGAACUUGAAAGUGUCCUGGAUAAAGCAUUUUCUUCCGGGGUGGAUAUUCUCUUAACUUCAGGAGGUGUUUCCAUGGGGGACAGAGAUUUUGUAAAGCCAUUGCUUGUAAAAAGAGGGGUUGUUCAUUUUGACAAGGUUUGCAUGAAACCCGGAAAGCCUUUGACUUUUGCUGAAGUCUCUCCAACAGUCACUACUGCCCCCAAAAAACUUCUUGCAUUUGGAUUACCUGGAAAUCCUGUGAGCUGCCUUGUUUGCUUUCAUCUCUUUGUGGUCCCAGCGAUUCGCCGUCUUUCUGGAUGGGAAAAUCCUCACCUUCUGAGAGUACAUGCUCGUCUUAAUCAACCUAUGAAGACCGAUCCAGUACGGCCAGAAUUUCAUCGUGCCACCAUCAAGUGGAAGACCAAUGAUGGAUCAGGGAAUCCAGGAUUUGUUGCUGAAAGCACUGGUUCCCAGAUGAGCAGCCGUCUCUUGAGCAUGAAAUCAGCUAAUGCGCUGUUGGAGUUGCCAGCGACUGGAACAUUAUUUCCUACUGGAACUUCUGUCUCAGCCAUUGUAAUCAGUGAUUUAAGCUGUAAUGCUACUCCUGACAGUUGCAUCUCAGUAGAAUUAACUCCUUCCCUUCAAAGUAAACAUAUAGAAACAUCUGCCGCUUCUGAGGUCAAGGUUGCAAUUCUAACAGUGAGUGAUACUGUUGCAUCAGGUGCUGGGCCUGACAGAAGUGGUCCUAGAGCAAUUUCUGUUGUAAAUUCCUCUUCAGAGAAGCUAGGGGGAGCUACAGUGGUAUCAACCGCUGUGGUCCCAGAUGACGUGGGGAAAAUUAAGGAUGCUCUACUGAAGUGGAGUGACAUUGAUCAAGUGGACCUCAUUCUUACACUGGGUGGUACUGGUUUCACCCCGAGAGAUGUGACUCCUGAGGCAACUAAAGAGUUGAUUGAGAAGGAAACUCCUGGCCUUCUGCAUGUAAUGACGCGAGAGAGUUUAAAGGUCACACCAUUUGCGAUGUUAUCACGCGCUGCAGCAGGUAUAAGGGGUACAACACUGAUAAUCAACAUGCCAGGCAACCCAAAUGCAGUUGCAGAAUGCAUGGAAGCACUGCUGCCAGUGCUGAAGCACGCUUUUAAACAGAUCAAAGGCGACAAGAGGGAGAAACAUCCACGUCACCUCCCCCACGUGCAACAACCAUCCGACACGUGGGAACUAAGCUUCAGUGCGGCCAAUACAGCUGCUCCUGCUGCUGCUGGUUCUGCUCCGGAGCCUCCUGCUAGUUGCUCUUGCUCGCAUUGAAUAGUCCCCCCACAACCAAGUGGGUGUUUGUGGUUUGUUUUUGUGCUAUGAAUUUAAUGUAGAAAUGGUCACCAUGACCAGCACUGCCUAGGGUGAAAAGUAAAAAAAAUAAAAUACCAGGACUCCAUGAAGUUGACACAUUCUGAAAUCCACUUACUUGGACCUAAUGAUUAGGCACAAUGUUGAUUUAUUUGUAUUUGAAUGAUGGUUUUGCUUUUUAAGCAUGAAUGGAUAGAGACAUUAGCCCUCAACAACUUGACUUUUGUUGAGAGGCUCUCACAUGA